AUUAUUGGUGCUAUUAACAGGCCUAAGUCCUUGGCUAUCAAGAGGAUAGACAAUAUCACCACUGCACAAAGCAACAAACUUAAAGUCCUGAUGCAAGAAUACGGUAUGACGCCGAAUAACAAUGAGCUCAGCGCGAUACUCACGGACAAUCAAGGAAUUAUCGUUCGCGCAAAUACAAACGGCAAUAACCAGAUAUCAACUGAUACCACUAGUGAAUCAAGUUCGAGUAAUACGAAGGAAAACGCGAACAAUAAUGUUCUUUCCACAACCAGUAUCAAAUUGCCGGACGAAACGACGAAUGUGCUUGGGCCUACGAGUGACGAGGAGUAUUCAAAUAAGAUUAACAACGCAAAUAGUGAAGCGCACGAGCCGAUAACGAAUAAUACGCAGCAGCAGCAGAAUAUAGAUACGCCGAUGUCGUGCACGACUGACAAUUUCACCACGGCAUCGAUGCACACUCCUUUGUCGCAGGUACCGAACAGCGACGAUAUAUUCGCUUCGAACGCCGGUCAGGAAGUCUCGUCCCUGUCCGACGACAUGAAAUCGAUCACCGAAGAAACAUUCGAGUCGCCGAUGAGCAGUAAUUUCAAGCUGCCGAAUUUUAUCGGCGUUAAUUCCCACGUGAAAUCGCCGACCGCACCCUCGCCUCUCACCGUAGCUGACGUCGAGAUGAUCGAUCAUACGUCGCUUCAAGUGUACUUGGAGAAAUCCGUCAUCAUUCCGUUACAGAUACAGAGCCGACUGGUUAACAACGCGAUCAUUAAAUAUCUGGUGAACGAGCACAACAUGCUUUCGCACUUGCACAGCCUACGUAGUUACUUCUUCUUGUUGAACGGCGAAUUCGCGAAGAGUCUGACGGACUCGCUUUAUUCACGGCUCUACGCGAUAUCCGCGCCAAUCGAACUCUUUAAUUCCGCCACUCUCACGAACCUCUUGGAGAAAGCGUUGAUGAACUCGUUCAGCAAUAAUUACGCCAAUUCGGAACUCUUGAGUCUUUCUGCCGUCGACAAACCAUGCCAGUUAUACAUUUCAGAUCCGAAUGUCUUAGAAUGCCUUUGCCUCAACUAUAAGAUAUCGUGGCCGUUGAAUAUCAUCUUGGAUGACACGAUGAUGCUACAAUACAGCAAAGUGUUCAAGUUUUUAAUAAUGAUUGGCAGAAUGUCGUGGGUACUGCAGGAAGACUUUAAUAUAAUGAAGUUGGAGCGGAAUGCAGUUAAUUCGGAGCAGUAUCACAAGGUAAACCUGUGUCGAUCGCAGAUGCGAUAUGAGAUACGAUAUGAGAAAGACUCGAGGAAUCCUUAUUGAUU